CUGGUUCCCUGUGCAGGAACGGCCCUGGUGGUGCAGUGGGACCACGUCCACCUGCAGGACAACUACAACCUGGGCAGCUUCACCUUCCAGGCCACGCUGCACGACACGGGCCGAAUCGUCUUUGCAUACAAAGAGAUCCCAGUGGAGGUGUCGGAGAUCAGCUCCGUGAAUCACCCGGUGAAGGUGGGCCUGUCUGACGCAUUUGUGGUGGUCCACAAGAUCCAGCAGAUACCCAGUGAGUCCACGUCUACCCCAAGCUUUUAUCUUCCAUCGUAUAAAAACAGCCUGACCGGUGAACUGAAUCCAAGCUUUUACAUCCCCGUGGAGGUGUCGGAGAUCAGCUCUGUGAAUCACCCGGUGAAGGUGGGCCUGUCUGAUGCCUUUGUGGUGGUCCACAAGAUCCAGCAAAUACCCAAGUCUCCAUCUCCCAUAUUUGUAGACGUGAGGCGGAGGACCAUCUACGAGUACCACCGGGUGGAGUUGAUUAAGACGAGGAUCACCAACUCCACCGCGUUUGAGAUCCUGCCCUUGCCCACCUGUCUUCAGUUCAGCAGCUGUGGAGCCUGCGUCUCCUCUCAGAUCAACUUCAACUGCAGCUGGUGCCAUCGGCUCAACAGGUGUUCGAGUGGCUUUGACCGCCAUCGGCAGGACUGGGUGGACAACAGCUGCCCGGACGAGCUGUGCGACGUUGCCGAGACGACGCCCCCGUCUCCCCUCACCACCGCCUCCCCCCCCAAAACGACCCCGCCCAGCGGGGGCGGAGCCUCAGGGGGGGGGGCGCCCCCCACCUCCCACCCGCCCACCAGCGUCCCCACAGAA